AUGUACAUAGCCGCGUCAACAAACGCCGUCAGCUCCGUGCUCGUCCAAGAAAGGGACAACACCCAACAUCCAAUAUACUUUACAAGCCGCAUCCUCCAAGACCCAGAAACACGAUAUCAAAUGGUGGAGAAGGUAGCACUUGCAAUCAUAACAGCAGCACGUCGUCUGCGACCAUACUUCCAAUCACACACGAUCAUCACCAGAACGGACCAUCCCAUACAGAAAAUACUGCAAAAACCCGAUUUAGCAGGUCGGCUAUCCUCUUGGGCCAUCGAACUGUCAGAAUUUACUAUCCACUACGAACCGCAUGGACCUAUCCGAGCACAGUGCCUAGCAGACUUCGCCAACGACCUUCAAGAGCAAGCCCCCCAUGACACCCAGUGGACCAUGCACGUAGACGGCUCCUCAAACCCGCUGGGAGCCGGCGCCGGAAUAGUGCUAGAAGGACCCGGCAACGUCCUCAUAGAACAAUCUCUAUGUUUCACCUUCAAAACAUCCAACAAUCAAGCUGAGUACGAAGCCAUCAUCGUCGGCCUCAACUUAGCACUAGAAGUCGGCACGCGUAAACUCCUAUGCAAGAUAGACUCAAAGCUCACCGUAGGACACCUCAAUGGCGACUACCAAAUCAAAGAUCCCACCCUCGCCGUAGUAUCCCUGACCGAGCACUUUGACACUUUCCAAAUUCAACACGUCCCACGAAGCGACAAUACCCGGGCAAACAUUCUCUCAAAGCUCGCAAGUACCAAAAAGAAAGGUCGUUACAAGUCACUCCUCCAGCACACCCUAGCUACACCCUCCAUUGACCAGCAAAACCAAUGCUUAAACAUUACUACCUCUAACACCUGGAUGGAACCUUUCAUCAAAUACUUAGAAUCAGGAGUCACCCCGCCGAACGAAGAAAAAGGAUGGGUCCGGAAAGCGGCGCGAUACACCCUAAUUGGGGGCGAACUAUUCAGAAGAGGCUUCAGCAAGCCCUUGCUCAAGUGCAUAACUAGAGAAAAAGCCAACUAUAUCAUACAAGAAAUACACCAAGGCAUCUGCGGCUACCACUCAAGACCCAAAACCAUGGCCGCCAGGAUAUUACGCGCCAGUUAUUACUGGCCCACAAUGGACGAAGACUGCACCACAUACGUCCAAAAAUGCGUUCAAUGCCAAAAACACGGACCAAUAACACACAUGCACCAGGAAGAAUUACACCACGUCUCCUCACCAUGGCCAUUCUCAAAAUGGGGAAUGGACAUAAUCGGCCCAUUUGCAGCAGGGAAAGGACAGGUCAAGUUCCUUCUCGUCGCGGUCGACUACUUCUCCAAGUGGAUCGAAGCAGAACCAUUAGCCACUGUCCCAACCGUACCCAAAGUACACGGCCUCGGACUCUAA